CGGCGGCACAUUCAAUCUUGCUGACGAGUGUAUAGUUUCGAACGUGAAAAACCGAGCAUGGCAAAGUCGGCUCCAAAGAAAGGCUUCCUUGGCACCCUCUUGAAAACUUGCGCGCAAGAAAUUAUAAUGCUAUUUUUGGAGAGCUUAGAGAGUCUCCUGUUGCCUGUCUUCAACACCGAUAACAACCUCAGUGCAGAUGAUGCCAACAGCUUGUGUAUAUUUGUCAUAAAAUUUCUUGUGGAAAGUGUAUCAGCACUGUCAGAAUGUGUUGGCAAAGUACAUCUGCUCUUCUAGCCUCAGUAAUUAUAUGCUGUCAGGUCUACUGUUUCUCAAAGACCAUUUAACAACGAAACUGGAUGCCUUGACAGUCCCCAAGGCUAUGUAUCAUAUUUUAAGCAAACUAAACCAGAGAUAUCCUUCCGCGCUCAUUUACACCUGGGGAAUCUCAAUGCUGGAUGUCAUGGAGCGCACAGACAGCAGGACAGAGGGUGUUGCUGGAACAAUUAUUUCAAACUCAUACAGUUUAUUGUGGAAUGAUGCUCUUCGCUUUGAGUCACUGGAGAUCACAAGUCACUGCAGCUUUGCCAGCUCCGUUUUCUAGCUUUAACAUUUCCUCAUUAUGAAAUUGGACGACUUGGAAACUGUUUUCCAAAAAGCUGGCAUGGUUCUUAGUGUUUUGGAAGCAGGUCAAAGGAUGGUGGCAGACUGGCAAACAAAAAGUUCCAGGAACUUUCCAUGACGACAUGAAGGCCUGUCUGAAGAACCUAGAAAUUCCAAGACAAAAUGACCAAGAGAACAAAAGUAGACAGGUCAAGAUUGUGGAGGUCAGCUUUGGUGCAAAUUCGUGCUUAGAGCUUGAUGUCAUGUCAUGCCAUCUCUCUUUCAGAAAAAUUCUUGAGAGAGUCUUUGAGUGUGGGAACAGUUCAGAGAAAGACACUUUUGCACUUUGUUUUGAGUCAAUUUAGACUUCUUUUUUCAACGGUCUAACUUAAUGAGAUACCAAAUUUUAUAAGUUCACUGAAAGAUGCAGUGAGCAUGUGCAUCAGUGUUUUGGAUGAUGAAACUUUGAGAUUUUUGGAGAGACUGUCAUGCAUUGCAAGGGUAUGUGCAAUGUGCCGCAGAAACAACUUGAUGAGGAAAUUACUCACUACUUUACAGAAGUCCAACAAUGGGCAGAAGAGGUGUUUAAUAACCCAUUGUCAUGUGAUAUUCGGCAGCUUUCCUUGGAGAUUUUCGUCUUCUAGUACGGCAGUUGAAAAACAUUUACUCUCAAGCAGAAGGUGAUUCUUACAAUGCUGCAAUAUCAAGUUUUAAUGUCCAUUGUUCGCAAGAUUCAGAUGUUGCUUGAUGCAGAUAUUGAUCAGAAAAAGACUUAAUUGUUUGAGAAAUGAUGCACAAGCCAACGAAGAAUUACUACUGUGCCAGAAAAGUCUCUUGGAAGCUCAUCGUGGCAUGGUUCAUUCUUAUGUAUUGGGCUGUGCAUGAAGAUUCAGGUUUUGCUAAAGAGUUUCACCAACAUGUGCUGAACCAAAUGGAUGAAAGCGUAAACUGCUACAUGACUGUUAUCGACUCUGUGUCAUGUCCGGAGCUGAAGACAGGGGAAUGCUACUACUUUGGUUGCAUGGCAGUGAAGCUAGGUCACUACUUCUAUGAUAAACAGUGUGACACUUUAUCUGCAAAACUUUACAAGUUGGCUUGUGCCUCACUGAUCAGGUGGUGUAGAGAGGGAUCGGUGAUAUGAAAACUAGAAUGCAGGAGGUGUCCCUUUUGAAGGUGUUUGACUGUGCAGCUGAGUGUGAUCGUCGAUGUGGCUGCUAUGUUCAAGCCAGAGCAACUGUUGUCCAGGCUUUUGUUCUGAAUGAGGGGUGUGACAUCCAAGAGAACCCUGCCAUUAUUUCUCUGAUCAAAACUUGGGUGAAGAUCACCCGUCUAGGCUGGAAAGAAGAUCAGAAAGAAAUUUAUGAAAACUGUUUAGGUGCAAGUCUGAGGGAGUGCAAAGAUUAUUCGUUCUCACAUGAACACCUCUUUGCUGUGUUGAGAGAAGAACUUCACUGUCUGGAGUCCAUGAAUCCUCGCAUUUAUCAAGCUGAAAUGGCUGUCUUGAGGGCAAUGGAGGACAUCAGCAAAGACCCUUCUGAAAAAUCAUCCAUUCUGCUUGCUAUCAUCAAACAGCUAGGGUUUUGCAAGAACAAAAAAGUUGCUUGGCUGAUAACCUGGGCAGACAAAAAAUAGCAGAGCUGGCCAGCUUUACAAGUUGUCACCGUGCUGAAAGGUCAAGUAGUCUUUGUGGCACCAUAUCACAAAUGCUGGAGAAUAGCACUUUCACAAAAAGAUCAAAUCACCAGAAGAAGCAAAUGUAGGUAAAAUGUGCGUCAACAAGACAGAAAGAGGCAACCCUGAAAAAUACUGCACUCAAGAGCGGGUCCAUUCAUCACCCAUGUUGUUUGUCUGAUCUUGAGAAAACCAUGAAGUUGAUGUCAUGCAUCAAGGAUCACUGGGAGAGAGGGAUGAUUACUUUGGAAGGAAGAAAGGUGAAGGACAGAAUGACAACGCGAUGGCUUCUGAAUGAUGUCCUUUUGUGUGCUGACCUUCUCAAGUGUCAUUGCCAGUAUCAACAGGAGCUGGAGUUCCUAGCUAUGGCCUACAAGUUUGCUGACCUGAUCUCUGAUGACAGUUACAAAGUGAAAGUGUGCACAGCAAUUAUUCAAGUACUUGCAGCCCAGGGUGUGGGUGAAUUACCCUGUAAGUUGCUUGUGCACUCACACUCUGAACAGUCUACCAAAGACAGAGACAAGCUAGCCAACACCUUGCAGCUAGCAAAUUUUUACCUCAAGGCUGGCCAGCCACAAAAGACAGCAGACCUACUUAAAGACAAGCAUCUUAGGAAAAACUGCCAAUCUGACGCCUCUCUCAGAGGCAUGCUUUCACGCAUCACAGGGGAAUGCUUGCUGCUGCCUGUGGCAACCAGAGGGGAGGGCGUGGGGAUGGAAGGAGGAGAGUAUGCUAUUGGUCAUCUCAUGGAUGCUGUCAGAUGUCACAGCACAGCCCUACAUCGUCUCCUUGGCAGCAACGCUUUGCAGACUCUUGCAAAGGCAGAAGUAUCUUUUCAAGAUCCUGCCAUUUGGUCUGUCUUGCCUGAGAGCCUUGAGUCUUUGUUUGUUCUGGGACGAGCUUACAUUCAUAUCGGAGACACUCGUCGUGCACGGUGCUAUUUGCGAGAGGCACUGAAAUUGUCUGUACACCAAGGUUUGGUGAAAUGGGCUGCACGGUGCAGCAUUGAGUUGGGGCAUGUUUAUAUUUUGGAUGAAACGCCUGUCCGGUCACUGUCCAGCCUGGCACUCUCUGUGGCAUGUUUGAAUAAUCAUGAAGAGAACAAAGUAUGUCUUGAAACAAUAGCAGACAUUCUGAAAGAAUCAGAAAACCUUGAAUUUUGUCGACUUGGCCUUGAUGACUCAUAUGAGGAUAGUAAAUCAGAAAAUGAAAACAUGGAGGAAGAAGAGGUCUUUAGCAAUGAACCGCAGACAGCAAAAGCACAAAAUAAAAAUCUCUCACCUGCUUUAAAAGUGGCCUGCAGUAAAGGAGAUCUUGUUCAAGCUGUUGAAGCUAUAAACUGUGUACUUGACCACAAGUGGAAGCAUCUGAAGGAUCAUGGAGUACAUUGUUCAAGCAUUUUCUGCAAGGAAGAUGGAAGUCUUAUUCAUAUUCUUAUAUCUCAGGUUCUUCUCCUUCAUAGUAUAUCCAAACAGUUGCCAGUGGAUGAUGAAAAGAGUCGGAGUUUGAUGGACAUGUUGAUAUCAAUGGAUCAAAAACAAAAGUUGAUACAUACAUGCAGUGUAUGUCACCAGUUGCUGAAAAAGUGUGGCAUGUUGACGACAGAAAGCCCCACAUGUCAGAUAACUGCUUGCAGCGUCUUGACUCUUCAGGUUUCACUGGAUGUUUUCAUUGCCAGAGUAGAAAUGCUGCGGGACAGUAACUCUCCAGAAUUAGUAGUGCAAGAGGUCCAACCUUAUGUGAAGAUGCUGGAACAUUUAAGCCGAGAUUUUGCGCAAAUCACCAUCAGCAAGGCAAAGCUUCACUACCUCAUGGCUUGUGCUCUUGUGUGCUGCCUCAUGGGUGGAGUUCCUAAAGAGCCAUCUUUCUAUUGUGGUAUUUGGAGGUCCAAAGAAGAUCUCAAAGAAGCUGUUUCUAUGAAACUUAAAGCAUUAUUAUCUAGAUUAGCUACCUCAGGUGUUCCUAAGGAUGAUGAAAAAGAAUGUGAUAACAAAUCUCAGGAAGCAAAAGAUACAUGUUCAAAAAGUCCAGUCACUGUUGAGAUUGUCACCAGUGCAUCAGAGUGUCAGGCAGAGAAAAAGCAGGGUGACAGUCUUCCAGAGAUUGCAAAAAAGAAAGAUAAAAGCGCUACAAAUACUUCAACAAGAGCUAGAAGCACACGAAGGAAGAUCUGUGAAAAAAUGCCUGCUCAGAGAGAGGAUGCAGAGACCUUGGUCGCUUUGUCCACAAAAGAUAAAAAUUGCUCUACAGAAGUGCUGUGUCAGUCUUUCAGUUGUCAAUUGAAUGUUUCAGAUAUAUGUACCACUAACUUGUCAUCAGUUACUCCUAAACAAACCACUACUAAUUUGAGAAACAGAUUGCGACUUACCAAAAUUCCCAUCCCUCAAGGAAGCUCAUCAAAGCAUGAAAAUGUCCUGAUUUCAUCUGAUGGUAGGACAAAUCAGACAAUCGAAUCCGUUUCAGAAAAUCAUGAAACAAUCUCCAAAGAAAAACUUUUUCAAAGGGAAGAUAAUGAGAGCAAAGAAGUAAAGAAGAAGAAUACUUGUGUACGCACACCUAGAACUGGUGGUAGGAAGGCUGUGAAACCUAAGAAAAAUGUGACAGAGUGUUCUAAUUUAUUUGAUUGUAAGACAAAUGUGUCGAGAUGUGACAGCAAGAAUGGUGCAACAGACUGUGGUAAUUUAUUGAACAGAAAGCAAACAAAUCAUUUUAGCACGGGUGACUGGGACAAUGCUGAUGUGUUUGACUUCACAGAGGACGAUGAAUGCUUUGAUAAGCCAGAAAAGAACAAAAGAAAAGUUCUGCACCGUACAGCCAAAGGCUCUACAAAGAAUGGAAUUAGCAAAUCUUUCCCAGCAGAAUCCACGGUGUCAAGUUCCCCUCCCAUGCAAACAAAAGAAAAGGGAAGACUGAGAAACAGAGUCAGUAGAGUAACCAAGCCAAAGAGCAGCCAGAAAAAUAACAAGUGUCAGUCCCCAACUCCAUUAGACAUGUCCAUGGAACUGCCGAGAGCCGUCAGCGAAAAUGAGAACAACAGUUGUGCUGCAUCUCGAAGAACUCGCCAGCAUGGUAGGCUGUCUACUAGGUACCAGUGUGACAAGGGGAACAAAGAGGAAUAUUUCACAACCAGUCUGCAAGUUGAGAUUCAAGAAGACAAAAGUAAAGAAAUCUUGACACACCUGCAGAAGGCACAAGCACUGCUUCAGCAUUUCCCACCAGUAAAGCUCUACCAGUCCAUAUGCAAGCUUCUGGCUUCAAGAAUGCUGGACCACUUUCCAUCACCUGCAGCAACUACCCUGCUUUUAGAAAGCUCAUCUGUAACCCUUCGUCAUCUAUUUUUGACCAACUUUCAUCGACAGCUUCGGCUUUGGCAAAAGGAGAAAGGUCCUGACAUUCCACUUGAUGACAAGGAAGUAACAGUGCUUCAGUCUGCUCGUGAUGACAUCGCCUUUCCCUGGACCCUGAAUACAGUCACUGAAAUCUUAGCAGAAAUACCAGAAGGCUGGACAGUCUGCCAGUUUUCAGUGGUUGAGACACCUGCUCCAGCAUACCAUGACACUUUGCUGCUGACUCGACUUUCCAGGAGUCAUGCACCUUUCACGGUGGCUCUGAAUAGUUUCUCUGGAGCAAUGGGAGAGAGUGUGAUGAAAGAAUUUCAGGACAUCAUGCAGCAGCUCAAUGAAAAGCACCACAAGAAAGACUGUGACAAGAUGGAGUGGUGGUCAGGUCGUGUGGAACUUGAUCUCAGGCUUCAAGAUGUUGUUGAAGUUAUCGAGAAAGAGUGGUUGGGGCCAUGGCGCUGCUUGCUGCGUGCACAGUGUUCUGAUUCACAAUUCCAAAAAACGAAACUACGGCAAAAGACUUACAUAGAAGAACAUAUAAGGAAGAUGCUCGGCAGCGAUCAUCAGAUAGAUAUAGAGCUGCUGCUAGAGGUGUCUAUGCACCCGGAAGAUGACCAGCAUCUCCCAACUAUUUUGAGUCACAUGCUGCGCAUGGACUGCAGCGAUCCUAAAGUGAAGGAGCUGAUUGAUGUGGUCAUACAAGCCCGACCCAGUGUGGCACCACAGCACACCUCACCCAUCAUUUUCAUCCUGGAUGGAUAUCUCCACUGUCUUCCGUGGGAAAACCUGCCAGUCGUGAGCUGUCAGCAAGUGUGCAGAAUGCCUUCCCUUGCGUCUCUGCAUGUGUUGCUGAAGCAUUUUGGUCACAAGCAGCAUCACCAUGUGCAGCCUGACAAGGUGUUUUAUGUCAUUGAUCCCGACAACAAUCUGCCUAAUACCAGGCAGGUUUUGAGAACUUGUUCAGACAGCAGACAAACUGGAAUGGCAUCGUAGGCAGAAAGCCAUCAGUUGAGGAGUACUCUUCUGCCUUGACCAGCAAUGAUGUGUUCAUCUACUCAGGACAUGGCAGUGGUGUACAGUAUUUUAGUGGGGACAGCAUACAGCAGCUUAAAGUUAGAGCCACCUCACUCCUCAUGGGCUGCUCAAGUGUGCGUCUGAAUAUCCGAUCCAUUCUGGACCCUGAU